AUGCUUUUAAAAAACUUAUUGCCGUUGGCGUUGAUGCUAUUGGGUUAUACUGAGGUCACUGACGCCAAGGUUCACUCUGCAAAGGUACGCAAGCAGAAGUUGAGAGAUGAUAUGAAAGAUUACUACUUUGAGCAACACCUAGCGCACUUAGGUCAAAGAUAUAUGUUGCAGUACGAGAAGGCAAACCCAGAGGUCGCAUUCUCGAGAGAGCAUCCAUUCUUCAAGGAUGCUAACCACGAGGUCCCGCUAACCAAUUACUUGAAUGCCCAAUACUAUACUGAGAUUAGCUUAGGUACACCACCUCAGAAUUUCAAGGUUAUUUUAGAUACUGGGUCAUCCAAUUUAUGGGUCCCAAGUAACGAAUGUGGUUCUUUGGCAUGUUUCUUACACGAAAAGUACGACCAUGACUCAUCGUCGAGCUACAAACCAAAUGGUACGGAAUUUGCCAUUCAAUACGGUUCUGGGUCUUUGGAAGGUUACAUUUCACAGGAUACUUUGAGUAUUGGUGAUUUGACCAUUCCAAAGCAAGAUUUCGCUGAAGCAACAAGCGAACCGGGGUUGGCUUUUGCUUUUGGUAAAUUUGAUGGGAUCCUAGGUUUGGCCUAUAACUCCAUUUCCGUCGAUGGGGUGGUACCACCAAUUUACAAUGCAAUCGGCCAAGAUUUACUAGACGAACCGAAAUUUGCCUUUUAUUUAGGUGACGAAUCUGAGGAUUCUGAGAAUGGUGGUCUUGUUACAUUUGGUGGCGUCGACAAGUCGAAAUACAAGGGUAAAAUCACUUGGUUGCCAGUUCGUCGUAAAGCUUACUGGGAGGUCAAGUUUGAAGGUAUUGGCCUAGGUGAUGAAUUUGCAAUUCUUGAUGGUCAUGGUGCUGCUAUUGAUACUGGUACUUCAUUAAUCACAUUGCCAAGCGGCCUAGCCGAAAUUAUUAACUCCGAAAUCGGUGCCAAGAAAGGUUGGUCUGGUCAAUACACUGUCGAAUGUGAUACUAGAGAUAGUCUACCGGAUUUGACUCUGAACUUCAAUGGUUACAAUUUCACAAUCGGUCCAUACGAUUACACUUUAGAAGUUUCAGGUUCAUGUAUCUCUGCAAUCACUCCAAUGGACUUUCCAGAACCAAUUGGACCUUUAGCAAUCGUGGGUGACGCUUUCUUACGCAGAUUUUAUUCCAUUUAUGAUUUGGGUAAUGAUGCCGUUGGUUUAGCUGAAUCAGUUUGA